AUGGCGGCGAAGCCUAAUUUUCUGUUUGGUUUUUCUUUGUUUCUAGUGCUGUUGGGUGUCUGCUUGGCUCGGCGGGCAGAGCAAAAGCAGUUCAACGCUUGUCAACUUGAGAGACUCAAUGUCUUGGAACCCGACCACCGGGUGCAGUCGGAAGCCGGCGUCACCGAGAGCUGGAACGCCAACCACCCCGAACUACGCUGCGCCGGCGUCACCGUCGUUCGGCGCACCCUCUACACCAAUGCCCUUCACCUGCCAUCAUAUUCCAACGGUGCCCAGAUGCAUUUCAUUGUCCUAGGCAGGGGAGUGAUCGGAGUUGGUAUUCCUGGUUGUGCUGAAACAUAUCACCACCAGAAGCUUCACCACGUCAAAGAAGGUGACAUAGUCGCAAUUCCGGUUGGAAUUUCUUAUUGGACCUACAAUAAUGGGGACACCCCACUUGUUGCCGUCACUCUGAUUGACACCGCCAACGAGGAAAACCAGCUUGAUCCAAUCCCAAGAAGAUUCUACCUUGCUGGAAACCCAAAAGAAGAGCACCCAGAGUCCCUGCAAGGCAAGCAUGGAACGCAGCAAAAACAACUCAAAAACAUGUUAAGUGGAUUCGAAACACGGUUGGUGGAGGAUGCUUUCAACGUGGACGAAGAGACAGCAAGGAACAUUCAGUCGCUUGGCGGCCGAACAGACCAAAUGAUAACAGUGAGAGGAGGUCUUAGUUUUAGUCCACAGUCUCAACAAGGACGAGAAGAAAGCCAAGGAAAACAGAGUAAACAAGGACAAGGAAAUGGAAAUGGCCUGGAGGAAGUCUGCAACUUAAAGAUUCACCAGAACAUUGCUGACCCCUCACAAGCUGAUUUCUUUAAUCCCCUAGCAGGACGAAUCAGCUCCACCAACCUGCUCGAUCUCCCAAUCCUGAACUGGCUUCGGUUGAGUGCAGAAUAUGUCGUGCUAUACGGGAAGGGAAUGUACACUCCACAAUGGAACGUGAAAGCGAAUAGCAUCAUAUACGUGAUAAGAGGAAGUGGAGGAGUACAAGUAGUGAACUGGGAAGGUAGAUUAGUGUUUGAUGGGGAACUACGAAGAGGGCAGUUACUAGUGGUGCCACAGAACUUUGCGGUGGCACAUCAAUCAUGGGACGAGGGAUUUGAGUUCAUAUGUUUUAGGACACAUGAACGGGCAGUCAUAACUCCAAUUGUGGGCAAGCAAUCCUUCUUUGAGGCAACCCCCGCCAAAGUACUUGCUACUAUAUACGGCCUUCACCUGCAACAGGCACGUCACGUCAAGCAAUCCCGACAGGAGGGCUUCUUACUCAGCCCCGUUUCACCAUCUCAAUAA